AUGACAGAAUGGCAACCACAGCAACAAGGAUUGAGAGAACUUUUAUUUUUGCUAGGAGAAGCAGCUAAUCCAAACAGUCGAGAUCAAGGGUUGAUAAACCAACGGCUUUUGUCAUUCAACGACUAUCCAGAUUAUAAUUCAUAUUUAGCUUACAUUCUCACCAAGCUAAGCAAUGGAGAUAUCAAUACACGACGGGUUGCCGGAUUGCAAUUGAAGAACAACAUUCAAAACAACUUUAACAGUAUACCUUUGACUGUACUCGAUUAUAUCAAGCAAUGCUGCAUCGAUAUCAUAGAGAUGCCUCAACCCAGUAUAGCAAAAACUGUAUCAUCUGUCAUUGCAGUCAUUGUCAGGAGAGGACAGGUGCACAACUGGAUACAAGUCAUUUCGCUUUUGAUCGAAAAACUCGACGCAGAGCAGCCAGCAACUGUGCUUCAUAUGGCAUUUGAUACCAUUGUCAUGAUCUGUGAAGAUGCGGCUGACGAACUGGAUCAAGAAAUCAACGGCAUACGCCCAUUACGACAUCUUAUACCAAAACUCAUUGAAUUUUACUCCUAUCCUGACCCAACAUUGCGAGUGCAAGCCAUCAACGCCACCAGCCAAUUUGUGCUAUUGAAACCAGCUUCAUUCGUAUUGCAGUUGGAUCAUAUUUUAGCAGAGUUAUACCCAAGAGCAUCCGAUACAGACCCUCGUGUACGACGAGAGCUAGGCAAGAUAUUAGCGGUUGUUUUAGAAGCUUUUCCAGACAAGCUAGAGCCUUAUCUAUAUCCAACCAUAGAAUACAUGGUCCAAGCAACAACAGAUCAAGACCAAGAGAUUCUACUUGGCGCAUGUGAUUUUUGGGUGCAAUAUGCUCAGAGCGAGCAUUACCAUCAAGAACUCAUCCCAUAUUUGCCAAGAUUAGUUGAAUAUCUGCUCAAACUCAUGGUGUAUUCGGACUCUGAUCUCUUGGAUAUUGGAAAUGACCAUCAGUUAGGGACAACAACAGCCUGCAUAAAUAAACUAAAGCUGCUGGAAGACCAAUCUAUUCGGCCAAGAUACUACAGACCGAAAAACCAGCCUGCUCCGACAGCAGCUGCAGACGGUGAUCGUGAUGAAUUGAGCGAUUUGGAAGAAGAGUCCUCUGAAGAAGACGAGAUUGAAGAGAUCAGCAGCAACAGCAGCAAUGAUAGCAAUGUGGAUCAUGACAGCAACAUCUCAGACAGUGACGAUCUAGAUAGCGAUGAUGACUUUGAUGACGAUGAAUUCUACUCGGAAGAUUCUCUGCGAAAAUGCAGUGCAUCAGCGCUUGACGCCCUGUCUGUCUCCUUUGGUGAUGAUAUAGCAUCCAUUAUACUGAACCGUCUAUUCAACGAGACGCUGGUCCAUGACAACUGGCUUGUCAGAGAAAGCGGUAUUCUGGCUCUUGGUGCAGCGGCUGAGGGAGGUAUACAAGUGAUUAGUCAUCAUUUGCAUAGGUUAAUGCCAUUUCUACUCACUUGUAUGGAAGAUCAAAAGCCUUUGGUUAGGUCCAUUUCAUGUUGGGCAGUAAGUCGAUUCUCCAAUUGGUUAGCUGAUCAAUACGAUACGAAUGAGGAAGGUCGCAAACGAUUUUUUGAACCCGUGCUUUUUGGACUACUGAAACGGCUGUUAGAUUCCAAUCGAAGAGUACAAGAAUCUGCUUGCAGUGCAUUCAUCAUUCUUGGUGAAAAUGCUUCAACUCGGCUUGUGCCGUAUAUAUAUCCCAUCCUUACACAAACCAACGGCGCAUUCGCCUUGUAUCGCCGAAAAAAUCGAUUGAUACUGUAUGAUGCCUUGGGGACAUUGGCCGAUGCUGUAGGGUCUCAACUAAAUCAACCGCAAUUCAUCUACUUGCUCAUGCCUCCACUGAUCAGUAAAUGGAACGAGCUGUCAGACAAAGACACAGACCUGUUUCCAUUGCUAGAGUGCCUAUCAAACAUCACAGCUGCCUUGGGGCCCGGUUUCAUACAAUACGUCGAACCUGUCUUGUCACGAUGCGUAAAGCUAAUCUCAUCAACACUGCAAGAGCAGAUGCUUGCAGAUCAAUACCCAGACGAAGUGAUGCCACCCAAUGUCGAAUUCCUGAUAGCAGCGCUAGAUUUACUAUCUGGCAUUGUGCAAGGCCUAGGCCCUGCUAUUGAGCCAUUGAUUGCGCAGACAAAUCCCCCCUUAUUAGUUCUCUUGCAACAGUGUAUCCAUGAUCCUGUGUCAGAGGUGCUUCAGUCAACAUUUGCUUUAAUAGGCGACAUUGCCAUUGCCAGUUUCAAGCUGCUGCUUCCCUUUCUGCAAAACAUUGUUGUAGAGUUGAUACAGGUACUACGAAAUGACGAUUACUUGAUGUCUAUAUCUGUCUACAACAAUGCACUCUGGGCAGUAGGAGAGAUGGUCAUGCGUUGGGGAAGCGGGACACAACCUUAUGUGCCAGGAUUGAUAGAUGUAUUUUUACCCCUUUUAACUCAUCCGCAAGCCCCAGCUUCGAUUCAUGAAAAUGCCAUGAUUGCAUUGGGCCGUUUGGGUCUAGCUUGUCCCCAAUUUGUAGCACCCUAUCUAAGAUCCUUUGUGAAGCCUUGGUUGGAAAAAUCGCUAUCGGUCCGAGAGGGAGACGAAAAAGAUUCAGCUUUUCGAGGUCUGUGUGUUGUGAUAAAGUUCAACGCUCAGGACGCACAAGAGGAGCUAUACUUGCUAUUGGUUGCCAUUUCUACUCUAAGAGCACCAUCCAAGGCAUUGGUGCAAGAGCUAAGUGAUGUUGUGAGAGGCUAUCGUAGCAUUACCAGUGACGAAGAGUGGAACUACAUCACAUCGCAAAUGGAUCCCAUUGCUUUUGAGCAUAUCAAAAGCAUUCUGGCUGACGUUUGA